AUGCGCUCCCAGCCCAUUCAACUCUCCUCGGCGAUGUUGGCCCUGGCAUCUCUCGCCGUUUUUGGCCUGCAGGCUUCUGCAGAGACAGUAUUGGGAGUCUAUGUCUUUGCCCGCCAUGGAGACCGCACGUCAAAAUCUACGCCUCCCACCGAGUUGACCACUUUGGGCUACCAGCAGGUAUUCAACACCGGCUCGUACUAUCAUAAUCGCUAUAUCGCGGCUUCAUCCGACUCGCGCAUCCUCGGUAUAAGCCCAGACAUUGUACAACCACACCAGCUCCUAGCAUCUGCACCCGAAGACGAAGUGCUGCAGAAAUCUGCUAUUGGGUUCUUGCAAGCUGUCUACCCGCCCGUUGGCAAUGUUGCCACUUCCACUCUUCGCAAUGGCACUGUCGUCGAGGCUCCUAUGAACGGGUAUCAGCUCAUUGCUGUCGAGCAAGUGUCAACAGGCGGCAACAGCGAGAAUGUCGCCUGGCUGCAAAGCGCAACCAAGUGUCAAAAAGCCAAGAUCAGCAGCAGCGAGUACCGUCAAUCGAAGGAGUUUCAGGAGCUGUUCCAGUCGACUGCCGGAUUCUACAAGUCCGUUGCACCCAUGGUGGAACGGACAUUUCCAGAAUCAAAGGUUAACUUCGGGAAUGCGUACUUGGUCUUCGAUCUCCUUAACGUUGCCAGGAUCCAUAACACAACCGACUCAUUGCCGGAUGACAAACUGCCGUCGAAGGAAACAUUUACCCGUCUCCAGGACCUGGCAAACAUAUAUGAAUUCAACCUUGCGUACAACGCAACCUCCCCUAUCCGGGCAGUCGGUGGCUCGCUCUUGGCCGGUGAAGUUCUCUCCAGCUUCAAUGAGCUAAUCGACACGGCUGGUGCGAAGGCCAAACUCAGCGUCCAAUUUGGUGCCUACGCUAUCUUCCUUUCCUUCUUCGGCCUCACAAAGCUCGCAGAGACGAAGCCUGAAUUCACUGGCAUUCCGGACUACGCGUCCAGCAUGGCAUUUGAGCUGGUGACCAACGCGACGACCUCGCCGUCUGGUCCAUUCCCCAGCCGAUCCGACAUCAGUGUCCGCUUCCUCUUCCGCAAUGGCAGCGUACUCCCCAACUCCCCCGACACGCAGCCGGCCGCAUACCCACUCUUCGGUCAAUCGACAACGCUCAUGCCGUGGUCUGAAUUCGAGUCCAACAUGAAGCAGAUUGCCAUUUCCUCAGAGGAGGAAUUCUGCAAGGCUUGCAGCGCGACUCCAGAGCGCUGCGCUGCCGGAAGCGGCGCGGAUGAUGGCCUAAAUGCAUCUUCGGCUGGUUCUGGUAGCAGUGGUGACCUGUCCAGAACGGAGGCUGGUGUUGUGGGUGCAUUUGUGGCUUUAGCCGUCAUCCUGGGGCUUCAGGGACUUGCAUUCCUGUUUGGUGGGUUUCGCCUUGUUACGAAGAAGGGCUUCACCGAGGUUAAAGGAGAUGCAUAA